AUGGACAGCAGCUACUACAACCAUCACAAUCACCAUCACCACCACCACCUUGACAACAAUGAUGCUCACUUGCCUCCUGGUUUUCGGUUCCACCCCACGGAUGAGGAACUCAUCACUUAUUACCUUCUCAAGAAGGUUCUAGACAGUACCUUCACUGGAAGAGCCAUAGCUGAAGUUGACCUCAACAAGUGUGAACCAUGGGAACUCCCUGAGAAAGCAAAGAUGGGUGAGAAAGAGUGGUACUUCUUCAGCUUACGUGAUAGAAAGUACCCAACUGGCCUACGUACCAAUAGGGCUACAGAAGCUGGUUAUUGGAAAGCCACUGGAAAAGAUAGAGAGAUUUAUAGCUCCAAAACUUGCUCCUUAGUUGGCAUGAAGAAAACCCUUGUUUUCUACAGAGGAAGGGCUCCAAAAGGUGAAAAGAGUAACUGGGUUAUGCAUGAGUAUCGCCUUGAAGGCAAAUUUGCUUACCAUUAUCUCUCUCGGAAUUCCAAGGAUGAGUGGGUCAUAUCUCGUGUGUUUCAAAAGAGCAACACCGGCGGCAGUGGUGGCUCCACCGUGUCUGCCACCACCGGCUCCAAGAAGACAAGAACAAGCACUACCAACUCUGCUUCCACGAGCCUCUGCCCUGAACCAAGUUCUCCAUCUUCAGUUUAUCUUCCACCUCUGCUUGACUCUUCUCCCUACACAAACACCAACAGAACAACCUUCAACGACCGUCAAAACUGUUCCUACGACAGCACCACCGAAAGGGAGCACGUGUCCUGUUUCUCCACAAUAUCUGCAGCCAACAAUGCAAGCUUCGAUCUUUCUCCUCCGCCACAAGCUUUCACUCUCGACCCUUUUGCUCGGUUCCAAAGAAAUGUUGGUGUCUCUGCUUUUCCAAGCCUUAGGUCCCUCCAAGACAACCUUCAGCUGCCUUUCUUUUUCUCCCCGGUGGCUCAGCUUCAUGGUGGUGGUUCCGGUGAUAUUCCCGGUUGCGGCGGCGCCGUCGUGAACUGGUCAAUGCCGGAGGAGCAAAGGGUGGCUGAUGGUGGUUCCGGCAUGGCAUUGGAAUCAUCCGAGCUUGAUUGCAUGUGGGGCUAUUAG